GUUAUUUUUUGUUUAUGUGAGCCAGUUGAGCUGGUUUUUCAAAAACAAAAAAGAUACUCCAGAUUUACUUUCACUUCUUCUCAUCUGUUCACGUCUCAACAAGGUAAAGUAAUCGCUCUUUCUCCCUUGGACAAAUCUGGGAUUAGUCAGACUUAUUUAUGGUAUUUGUCUAUCUAGCUACAGACUAUUGUUCUACUUGUCCAGUUAACUCAAUAGUCAGAUUUAAUUAUGGUGUUUGUUCACCUAGACCACUUGUUCUAGUCCAGUAAACUCAAUAGUCAGACUUAUUUAUGGUGUUUGUUCACCUACUGUAGCUACCGACCACUUGUUCUAGUCCAGUAAACACAAUAGUCAGACUUAAUUUCGUAUGGUAUUUGUUCACCUACUGUAGCUACUAUCUGCUUGUUCAAUGAGCUCAUGGUCACACUCUAUGGCCUGAACUGUGUUUGAUUGUGUGUUUACACCAGUAUGGAUAUGACGACAUAUUAUUUUGAGUGAAAUGUGAGUUUAAGCUUGUAAUUUGUUAUGAUUCAUGACUACCUGAAAUUGUGUGAAACUAUGGGUAACAUUUUAGACUACAAAAUGGCCUAUGGGCCCUUUUUAAAUUAUUCACUUCUUUCCUGAUUUGCAGCAUGUGAAAUAUAAUGAUCUGAGAAGUGUAUAUACGGCUUAUGCCCAGGACUCUCCUGUGAGAUGCUCAACAGUUGAUAUUGUAUUAUACAUAUAAAAAAAAAGUAUUUGUGUAGGGCAUGUGUAUGUGUCUGUGGUCUGUUGUUGUGUUUGUGUUUAUGUGCCAGAAUGUUCAUCCGUGUGGAAAGAUUGUUUACAUUGCCUUUGUACAUGGCGGGCAUGCAGUUCAGCAGCAUUCCAGCUUACUAAACAUAGACAUGUAUUGUAGAAGGACUGGGACAUCUCGUCUCUAGUCACUGUACCAUUGAAUCUUUUGUUUCCAGAGUUUAAAUCUUUUGUUUCCAGAGUUUCAGUCUGUAGAUUGACUUGAGAUUGACAAGUGGUUACAUUUCUUGGUGGUUAGAGUAAAACGGGUUUUGGGUAUGUCAUACAGUGCAUGAUUUACUCCAUGGGUGCCUCUCAUUCGUCUUUUAUAUAUUCUCCCUUCCUUCCUCGGGCCUCGUUCUCACUGAUCUACAGUACGUGAAGAAUGAUGGGACGGUCUAUCCAGUGCUAGUUAUAGAUCAGUGGGAACGAGCCUGGAGGACCAGCUCCACCCCAUGUUUCUAUGAUAUGGGUGUGGGGGGAGUUCCUAAGGUCAUGAGGUCUAGUUGUGGUCAUUAAAAUGGUGAUGACAAAGAGAGAGCGAGACUGCAACUUCCUAUUUGUGACCACUUGUUAAUUUACAAAGCAUUUCUCAUUCUGAAAUCCCACCCUCUCCAUACUGUACAACACUACUCCCUGAAAGACUAGAUAAGACUAGCCUGGGUGUUCCCAUCCUGCCUUGCGCGGUGAUUUAAUUCACACUGCUAAGGCAGUCUGGAAACGUACACCCAAAUUUUCGCCUGAUGUUGGUGACCAAUCACAGAACAGGGGAGAAAGCAAGACCAUAAUGUUGUGGUGUAACACGGUUGAUAGACAUCCGUGGCGCCCUAUGAACAGAUCUGGGCAUUUCUUUUUAAAUACGAGAAAAUGAAUGUCUGGUUGCCAGACCACGUCUCAUUUGAGAAGUGGUAGGUGCUAGCCAGGCUAAGAUAAGACAAGAUUAGACUAGAUUAAGGAUUCGUUUGAUGCUCUUUAGGACCAUGCGCCCUUAUCAAAAUGUUCUGAUAUGAAAGAUCCCCUUCCAGAUUCAAGGAUCCUUUUAUCAGAUCAAGGACUAGGUUGCAUUAUAUUAUGCCCUGUAAUCCUUAGGCCAGGUGGCAAAGUCUAUUGAGACAGAAGAACAGCAGUCAGGUGUUCACCUAUGGAUGUUGGAUAUCCAACAUCACAACAUACAUGCUAUAGCUAGAGCUGACUGAGGAGGGACCUAACUAGCCACAGGAGCAGGAUCAAUGGAUGAGCCACCAUAUGGAUCAGCUGGAGGAGCUCACCUCGCGGAGCUGAGGCUGGUCCUCCUGGGGACCCGGGGAGCCGGGAAGACCUCUGCAGGACGCACCAUCCUGGGCCGAGAGGCUCUGGAGACCGACAUGAUGACCGCUCAGUGCGUGACAACGCAGGGGGAGGUAGCAGGGAGACGGGUGGUUCUGGUGGACACGCCUGGAUGGCUGCCUAUGCUCCCCCUCAUCGACACAUCGAAACUCUACAAACGGGAGAUUAAGCGUAGCGCCACCCUGUGUCCACCGGGACCCCACUGCCUGCUGCUGGUCAUACCGUUGAAAGAGCCGUUCACACGCCAUCACAAAACAGCAGUGUGGGAGCAUCUCGAGCUCUUUGAGAAGCGAGCGUGGAACCACGCUCUAGUGCUUUUCACACAUGGUGAUUGUCUUGAGAACAGGAACAACUCCAUUCCGGAGUUCAUUAAAACUAGUGGGAAAGCUCUGCAGAGUUUGGUUGAAAAAUGCGGGGGCAGGUAUCACUUCAUCAACAACAUGAAAAGUGACGAUUGCACGCAGGUGACCGAGCUGCUGGAGAAGGUUGAGCAGAUGGUUAGGGAACACUGUGUCGGCCAUUAUGAACUGAAUUUGGACAUGAUUAAUAAAUUGGAGUUGAAGAGAAGAACAGAUGAAGUUAAAGGAGAGAUGAGAAGGAGUAAGGUGGAGAGAAGGAGGAAGAAACUCCGUGCACAAAUUGUGAAACCCCCAGAACAGCUGAGGAUUUUGGUGAUGGGAUAUCAACAUUCUGGGAAGUCCUCGACAGGCAAUACAAUUCUGGGACGUGAGGCAUUCAACAUACGUAGAACCGUCAAAUUUGCAGUAGCAAGUCGUGUUGUAGCUGGGAGGCAGGUCACCGUUGUGGACACACCAGGCCGUUGGAGGAUCCACCCUUUAAGGUACACAUCGGAACUCUUCAGACAGGAGAUGGUGCUCGGCCCUUCCCAAUGCCCCCCUGGGCCUCACGCCGUGCUUCUGGUGCUGCCUGUCAAAACCUCCUUCACAAAGGUCAGCCUGAGAGCUCUGCAACAGCACCUGGAACUCCUAGGUGAGAACGUCUGGAGUCACGUCCUCCUGCUGUUCACCUGUGGAGACUGGCUAGGCUGCACGCCCGUUGAGCAGUUCAUCGAGAGCGAAGGAGUUUCCCUGCAGUGGCUGGUCGAGCAAUGUGGGAACAGGUAUCAUGUUUUUAACAACAAGCAAAAGGGCGAAGAGAGGCAGGUGACGGAGCUGCUGGAGAAGAUUGAGGAGAUGAUGCAAAAGAACCGUGGCAGCCAUUUUGAGGUCGACAAGAAGAGACUAAAUGAGGUGGAGGAGAAGAGGAAGACCUGUAUGGAGCUUGCAGAAAAGACGAGAAGGCAAGCUGAGUCAAUUGACUUAGGAAUAGUCUCUCUACGCCGCAGCCUUGACAACCUACCAAACUUUCAGCUUGUGCUAUUGGGAUAUAGAAGAGCAGGCCAGACGACGUCAGCAAACACCAUUCUGGGUAUGGAAGAGUUUAGCGACAGGGCCCUCUCACAUUGUGAUGGGAUAUCGGCAGUUGUGAUGGACCACUGCCUGUCUGUGGUCUGCACACCUGGGUGGGAAAAGACACAGAGACGCUGCAACACUCCCGGCCAGAACCAGCAGAUAAAGGAGAGUGUGUCUCUGUGCUCGCCGGGCCCAGACGCCUUCCUCCUGGUUCUGCGUCUGUCCAUGUCGUUCUGUGUACACACUCUGAGGGCACUGGAGGAACACGUGGAACUCUUGGGUGACCGCGUCUGGAAACACGCUCUGCUGCUCUUCACGUACGGCGACCGGCUCGGAGACGCUACCGUGGAGCAGUACAUCGAGAGCGAGGGAGAGGCUCUGAAACACCUGGUGAAGAGAUGCGGGAACAGAUAUCACGUUCUGGACAAUUACAACAGGGUUGGACCCUCACAGGUGAUGGGUCUGCUGGAGAAGAUAGAGAAGAUGGUCAUGGCAAAUAGCAGAUGCAGUUCCCUCUACUCUCUCUCCUCUGAGGUGGAGAGUUUGAGCCUUAAAGAGGCUCAAACAGAGGGAGCCAGUGGAGUGAUGAAGGGGGAGGAAGAGUGCAGGGAGGACAAACAGCUGGGGGAACAAAUGGGGCCCAUUGAAAAAAGCUGGAGUUUGAGGAGCCUGUUCAGGAGAACAUCACACCGUGAAGCAGCAGUGACACAACGGAGCCAGAUGACACAUCAGUGACCUCACAGCGCUAAACUUUCCCAGACCGUUCAUUUGGCUGCCACACAUGGAGAGACAUACUGUAUAAGCUAAGGAGAAUAUACUGUAGUCGCAGCACAGUUUUACAGCUGAUGUGCACAUUUAGCCAUGCAAGGAGAGAGGAAUGAAUCCAUACAAAGUAAUAUUGUUCUAUCACUCACUAUUAUUUAGGAUGUUAAGACAUUAUUUUGUUCUUAUAUGGAUUAUUAAGAAAUGUUAAUCUUACAUAUAAACUAAAAGGAAUAUUGCAGGACAGUUUUACAGCUGAUGAGCACGUAGUCAUUGUUUUUCUGUGAUUCAUUCCUGUUACAGUAGUACACUCUUAAAGUAUGUAACUUGUGUAGCUUAUUCUGAUCUAUAGACUUUAAUUAGAGGCCUUACUACUCAACAUCAAUAAUUUUUCCAUUUAUAUAUUUUUAUUUGAGGCCUUACUACUAAUAAUAGUAAAUAAUAUAUAUUUACUUUUCUAGACUCUCAAAGACACUUUACAGUUUUUACUCAACAUCGACAUUAAUGAGUAGUUGGGUGAAUGUCAUGAAGCCUGUCAAACUGACAUCAACCUGUAUUGAUUGAUGUAGGCUAAGUGAACUUUUAUUUUCUUAUAAAAGUAUUAUAGUGGAACAAUUUACUAUAACUUUAUUUCAAAGUUAUGGUAGCAUGAUUCAGAAUAAUUCUCAUUACCAAUAUGGGAAAUGACAAAGGGAGACCAUUAGUUAAAAGAAAAUAGGGGAAAUUAGAUCAUGGGGCUGCUUGUUAAUUUAAAGGAACAGUGGCAUAAAUUAUAGGCAAAUAAAGUUGUAUUACGGUAAUGAGGACAAUUUAUUUACACAAUAGUUUUACAAUAAAUAUAAUAUUUCCUUUUGUAAAAUACCACAAAUAUCAAAAGUAACCAUAAAUAGACAUUUGUACAUUUAUGUAAGUACUUAUCAUGAAAAUAAAACAAAAAUAGAAUAAUGGAUCGGAACACAUUUCGAUAAUGAGAAUUCACUGUGAUUAUUUGUUAAAAUGCUUUGAAAUUGUGUUAAAUUGCUAAUACAAAUGGCUGUCCCUAGUGUUCUAUAAUGUCUUCGUAGACAAUAUCAUAGUUACUAUCAAUUAAAUAUUGAAAAUAAGACCCGGACAUGUUCACUACUGCUUCAUGAGAAUCACCCAGUUGAUGAAUAUCUGAUUGUAAAGAGCUUUUGUGACCGUAAGCUUCACCUCUGUGGCUUCAGGUGGAUGCUAAAGGGAGUUUGCUACAUUGCAGCUUCUAUAGAUGGCAGGGUGUAAUGUUGUCAUUUGACCCAAAGAGGGCGACACUAGAUCAAUGAUUUACAGCUGAGGAGCCCAGGUCUCCAUCCUAAUACCUGCAGAGUUUGUAAAGUAGGCAAUGUACUGUAAUGCAAC